AAAAGAGGGACAUAUUUGAGGAAAUUAAUAGAUUGGGCUCACUUACUUUGAUAUUGAUAGGUUAGAGUUGGGUGGAAUAUAUUUCUGUCAGUUGUGUCUCGCUCGUACGAUCGGUUGUUUACCUAUCUUUUGUUUCUUCUUUUUUUUUCUGGCUACGUCAGUUAAGAAGAGUUAUCCUUCUUUUGUUAGCAUUUGCCUCUCAAUCCCCAGAAGCGGAAUUGCCUUCGUCUACUUGGAGACUGAAAUACACGCGUAAAAUGACUUGUUAUUUUUCCUUGAUGAUGUUGAUAUAUGAGCACAACGCGUAACAUUUUAUUUCACAUUUUACACUACACAGCUUUGAGGGAUUUUUUCUUUUCCCGGUUGUGCCGCCGACACACGUACUCUUAUUGCACUUAUUAUUACAUUUUCAGUACUAAAAAAGGGAAGAAAAGCAGAAAGCAUAGAUCUUUUCUUGCUCUCAAACAAAUAUGCUGAUUCGGCAAAGGACAUAAAGUACUUUUAGCCGUAAUUGCUACGAUAUUAAAAAAACCUCAGACUUAGGGCUGCAAUUUUCAUCCCAGCUUUGAAGCGAAGGAUUUUCAUUUCAGUUGUUACUUAUAGUCUUACGUGCUUGACGGUUAACAGUUUCACUCAGUUAAUUUCCCCUUUUUUUCCCCGUUAAAAAUUACUGAUUUCAGAUUAUCUUCCAAGUUAAUCUAGAAUUUGUUACUUCUCUACCUAUUUUAACUCGAGUCGCAUAAGUGAAGACAACCGCUCUGAAUUAGAAAUUUCAUCAAGCAGUAGUAGAGUGUGAAUGCUGAAUUAAAAUUGGGGUAAAACUGUGCCAAGUUUUAUACUAACUAGACACGUCUACUAUUACAAUACCAUUGGUGAAAGUUAUAAGCCCUUUUAGCCCGAGGUCAAAUGCCACACUUUUUGAUUGCUUUCCGUACUUCUUUAUUUCUUUCUUCUUACCACAGAAUCCAGAAGUCCGUCAUGACAUUCCAGAUCGAAGUCAGUUUCCAGCCUCGAGCGACAGAACGGCUUAUCAGUCGUAAAUCCGAACUAUUUAUGACACUUUUUCUUCUUAAAAGAAGUUAUCUCUACGCAUACUUUGGGUUGUAAAAGAACUUAUGCCACAUUUUUAACUGUCCGCUAAGUUAAUUUUAUUACCAUUUCACAAAAAAAUAAUUAUAUUUUUUUUUUGCAAAAACUACUGCUUUCUGGCCAAAAAAGACAAACGCGUACUAAAUUAAAUUUUGUCUUUAUCGGGGUGUGUUAUUCUUUUAAACUGAAAUAUCAUAUUAGCCUCUCCUAAUUUAGACGGCUGAUCAAAAUUUUAUUUGUAAAUUUAUCUUUGUUUUAAUGCUGAAAGCGCAGCUUUAAUUUUUAAACAGCUUUGAUGUUUAAACAUUUCGUUUGGCAAUGUCAACUUUCAUCUAGUAGAUUUCCUUCUUUGUUCCUUAUGUUGCAAAAUCCAUGGAGUGUAUUUACUGAGUGUAGAACCGGAGCUUUACUUUUACGUGUGGGAAUUAAAAAUUAAUGUUGAAAUGAAACUAUAAUGGUUUCAGACGUUUUCAAUUGUACGCAACCAUUUUUACACCGUUGAAGCUACAAUGUUCUUUUCAACACGGCAUAUCCUUCGCUUUAUAUUUCUACUUACUUUGUGACGCCAUGAAUUUUUAAAAGGCGCGAUUUUUUCACAAAAUUUCUCGACUCUUUGUCUCAACAACAAAAAAAAAAUCAAAAUCGCUAUUCUGAAAAUACAAUAACUACAAAUGAGUUUUCUAUUUAAUGAAGUUUCAUCAUUUGAUUGAAAUUUGUGAAAAGUCACAAACGCAACUGAAAAAAAUUAAUCAAAAAGAUUCUUUUUUGUUGUUAUUAUUCCAUAUUUUUGCCCUACAUUUGAAAGAAAAUGACAGUUAUGCUUGAUUUGAUGAAAUGUUACUGACCAACCAAUUUUGAGUAAAUUGUAUCUCAAGUCUUAUAAAGGAUAUUUUGCUUAUUCGCCGAUUAAUUUGAUCCUUAAACCCAAUUUCUGUUGCCAUAUUGAUGCUCACUUACCAACUUUUCGGUAGUCAUUAAAAUGUUACCAAUUAAUUUUUCAAAUUAUUUAUGCUGAAAUGCAUAUUUUUUUCUGCUUUUAUGUUAGUUUAUCUCCAGUUUUUACUUAUAAACCAGCGCUAGUUGAAAGUUAAAAAUGCCUCAUAAUAACCACAUGCCAUAUUCGUACCAAGCGCUCUGUUCCCCGCUUGCUUCCCGAAUGGCGGCUAUGAGUGCAGCGGGUGGCCACCACGCCCCUCACCCGUCAGUAGUUGACGAAAAUCAACCCCCGCCUCCCCACCCCCACUUCCAGUCAGACUUCGAUUCCCUCUGGAAGUACCCCUUCGCUUUCCAUCCCGCCAUGUUCCAACAGCACUCCACUGGCCAUCGCAGUUUCGCAGGAGUGGAGUUAACCCACUUUCCCCCCCAUCACCACUCCCCCAUGACCCCUCUGAAAUAUAUCACAGCCCAUCGUAACUUCAACCCCCACCAUCAGCAUACGCAAAGUUAUCUUAUCGAUUCCAUAUUAAAUCAAGCUACUUCUCGGGUGAACCCUUCCGGUGGCACCGGGCCCGAAAUGGACUCGGCUACCGCUGCUGCCACUCUCGGCAGACGCCCUCUAGGCGGAAACAACGCACACCGAUCUUCACUAGCCAAUCAGAGUCGCAUUAGCGCCGCCUCCCACCACAACCAGACCAACCCCAUGCUGCUCAACGGGGGAGGACUCCGGCAACAAAGUGCCAACAUGGAAGACCACCCGGUGGCACCCGAGGAGCUGAUGCUGCAGUUUGCGACCCAGAAUGGAAUCGGAACCAUGUAUAUUCCAGGAACACCUGGAAACGCUUCCACUCCUGGAGAUGACAGGGUUCAGUAUGUCAAGGGAAACUCCCCCAAUGGUCAGGAUGAGUUCGAAAUGCAGGGUGGAAUGGUUCCAGGGACAGGGGCGGGUGGCAGCAUCAUCUGGCCGGCAACAGUCUCAAGGGGCGCCAGCAGGUACGGCCACAACGGGGCUGCCCCUGGAUAUCAGCUGCACAGGCCCAACUCCAUGCACGACUACCAACCCCUCGCGCCCUUUCAAGACGGCAACGGGGCCGUGCACAUGCAAGCUAUGGGCACAAUGGGGGCACCUAUGGCCAUGGGGGGCUCCAGUGGGGGUCCGAAGGGGGGCAUGUAUGAGGGACAGGAGGAGGGACUGCAGGGGGAGGGGUGGUGUGUGAACUGGAAGUGCAUCAUCACCCUCAUGUGCAUCUUCACUCUUCUACUUCUCAGUCUUCUAUCCUUAAUUGCAAUCAAAUUCUACUUCGCAAAUACAGACAACCUUGGAAAUGGUGGCAAUAACGACAACAGUGUAAUCGAACUGGAUGAUUACAUUGGGAAGUCAUUGGAAAUCUCGGUAGCGCCUAAGAGUAGCCGAAUGCUGAGUAUCUACGCCAUGGGUCCCAGCUUACUCACUCUACACAUCAAAACCUCAUCAUCACGUCUCAUCAUUUACGGUCUAGAAGGUGCAGAGCCACAUACCACUAACUUCUCAUUUGUUCACGCUCUCAGCUCAUCCACGCCCCAGUUCAACUCAAACAGCAAAGUGGUCUACACAAGUGCUUUUUCAAGCGAAGACAUGAAAACAGUCUACCAGUAUCUAAGCAACGGCAAAUGGUACAUUAGAAUCAUAAAUGAUGUCUCAAGUUACGAAGUGUUGGAUAUUCUCACCAAAAUAGUUGACCAACGCUCAAAAUGUCCUAAAGAUUGCAACAACCCGCAGGGCGAGUGCAAUGCUAUGGGUUACUGCGUGUGCUCUGAGCAGUAUAGAGGAAGGUUAUGUGAGAAGCCAGCUCUUAACUGUGGAUCCCACGGACGUAUGGUUAGAGUAGGAACCCUGAGAAACGGGUUCACGCAGGCAUGCAAGUGCGAUCCCGGAUGGACGGGUAGUCUAUGCGAUCAGAGCGAAACCGGAUGUUACCCUCCUGACUGUUCUGGCAACGGGCAGUGUGUGUUCGGAACGUGCCAGUGCAACCCUGGAUUUUCAGGAGAUACCUGCAACCGAACGUUCUGUGACAAUCGAUGCAGUGACCGUGGACUCUGUAUUGAUGGGAUGUGUAUGUGUGCUGUUGGCUACUCGGGAGAAAACUGCGAAGUAGAAUCACCUGACAUCGUGCAAUGUGCAAAGACAUGCAACCAUGGAUCAUGUAUGUAUGGAAAAUGCGAGUGCGACAAAGGGUUCCGAGGAUCCACGUGUAGCCAAGCUGUAUGUGAAGAUAACUGCAAUGGCAAUGGCCAAUGCGUCUCAGAUCUGAACUCUCAAUGGUACUGCAGUUGCAAUCCAGACUUCAGCGGUCCAAAUUGUGAACUGAAAACAGAGCCCUCGUGCGUCGAUAUUUGCAAGAGCAACCAGGCAUGUUGCAAGGCCGACGGGUCCUGUCUGACUGGCGAAAACAGACCGAAGGCUUGUAAAGUAGGCCAGAGUUUUGUAAACAGCGCUGCAGGUGAUUCUCAAUUUAGUCACCGAACUUCGUUCUUGGAGAAAGUUUCGUUUCUCUAUAGCGAACAAACUAACGCGAAACAGAUUCCGUUUGCCUUUAAGAGUCGAGAUUACGUGUUCGUUGUAAGAGGCCAAGUGCUCAUUGGGCCCAAUCAACCUUAUCUGGGCGCUACUUUGUCUGUACAGGGCGAGGAAGAGGAGUUUGGGUUUGCAAGUACCCAAUUUGACGGAUGGUUCGAUUUAAUGGUCGCUACGAAUUCUAGUCAUAUCGCACUGCAAGUAACCUACACUGGAACCCAGUCUGGUCUAGAGGAAACAAAAAUUGUGAAACUGCAAUCGAAAAACGAAGAAAUGAUCACAUUGUUGAAUUCAAUCAUAGUUGGCGCUGGAUUGAAAGAGAACUCAAGAAUGAGAAGAGACCUUUCUGGUUGCAGUGUGGACAAGUUGCCGAAACAUAUGAAAUCAAUGUCACAUUUCACACAGUUCACAGCUGUGCAGAAUAAAUUCAACGAAGGAGCGGUGCUGAGUCAAAACUUGGUGACACAAUCAUUCUCACCAGGAGAAAAUUUCCCUACAAUGGUAUUCAACAGCAAUUCACAGGGAGCCAGAACUAUCACGCUCUAUCUCGGAGACUUCUCCAUGUCCAAUGUAACAUCUGUGCACGUGACUGUCUCAGUAGCCGGAGUUGUUUUCCAGGAAACCCUGGACAACAACAAGAACGAUCUCUUCAUGGAGCUGUUUUGGAACAAGACUGAUGUUUACGGGAACAAGGUCUACGGAUUGACUGAGGUUCAAGCUAUGAUUGAAGUCUCUCUGUUGGGUUGUUCCGAAAAAUUCUGGGUCACUUCGAUUCGAUCUGAAGUUGAGGGUCUAUCGUGCCACGACUCCAUUUCGUACCAACAUCAUUAUUGCUUGACGAAAGGAGACUCACUUUACACGGGAAGAGGACACGCAUUUCAUUUGUCGAAGUACCCGCCUGUCAUGCGACAUAUGCAGUGUCUCAACCCACCCAAAGUAAUCGAAUCAUUGCCCAACGGCGACCUUUUAAUCGGAGACAAUACCCAAAUUUUUCACGUCAGAGGUGGCAAAAUUGGCAACCGAUGUGAGCUGAAUUACGCCGUUUAUUCGUUCGGGUCAUCUGGGAUUUCAGAUGACGUCGAGUAUUUCAUAGCAGUUGACUCUUCCUCGGAAUUUUUCUAUCUGUCCAGAACUGAUUCGCCUGUGAUCACCAAAGUGUUCAUAAAGAGUAGGACAGAACAGGUGGUGCUAGGGAAACAAGGAGAGUACUGCACAGAUGGAAUUCACAACUGCAAGGACACUCUCAAGUCGCCAAAAGGAAUGACGAUACUGCAAAACAGUACGUUGGUCUUCGUGGACGGAUUGUCGCUCCGAAGUUGGACUCCUGAGUCCUCUGAAGACAUCCACACUCUCUGGACUCCCUCGUCUUCCGACUUCUCCCGAAAUCACGAGACAUGCGCUGAAAUUCCCUCAUCACAAGUUUUCCUAUCCCAGUUGAAAGAUGUAUUCUUCAGUCCCCUAGACGAAACAUACAUUCUUUUUGACUACAGUCGCGCAGUUGUGAAGUUGAACUUAAGAACCAGUCGAGUUUCAUACCUGGCUUCACGAUCCAAUUUGAACUGCAAGCAUAUGAACCAGCAAUCGGUCGCUAGAGUUUACUACCCUUGCUCUGUUACUGUGAACAGCAAGGGUUCUCUUUUUGUAGCUGACUCGGACCCUCUUAACAAGCGUACUGUCGUUUUUGAGGUUUCUCAAAAUAAUCUUUGGAGUGAGUUUUGGCAUUCCGAUCAAAUGCAAAUUAUGUCUGCGAUGACAGUAAGCACCAAUAAUACUCUGCUCAUGAUUAAUGACGGAGAGAAGCGCGUUGAUAUUUUGGGACAGUACAAGAUAAUUCCUGAAAAACCAAAUCAAUUUCAGUUAACUGAUUUCGAAAACAGUAGAAUCGUACACUUUGAUGAGAAGUUUCUUCAUGUGAGAUCGGAAAGCUUGGCGACGACAGAGUUUACAGAUGAGUAUUUUUCGUAUAACUCGGAUACCACUUCACUGCGAAGUUUUGUCAUCCGUGCUGCUGGGUCACCGUUAGCAAUGGGAUCCAAGGCUAAUGAGUUCUGGAGUGUCCAAAAGGGUUUAGAGUCUCGAGAUUGCUCAAUAUGGCAGCAAAGCGUCUGGAAUCGAGUCAAAUUCGAUAGCCAUUCAAUGCUGAGUGAGGUUGACAGUGUGAAGAUUGAUAGAAGUUUGGCUAUGCUGAAUGGUCAGUUGGUUCAAUGGUACACUACUAAGAUGACAGACGGACAAGGCAAUAGACAGUUGCAGAGCAGUUGUAUGAUCAAGCAGUUCCAAACUGGAUACUCGACAAUGUGUUCAGAUGGAUCAAACUAUGGUCAGUUCUCUUCAUUCGAGAGUCACCCCGACGGGCAUGAGUCUCUGACACUACACGACGGCUCCUCGUUCUCUCUUACCUCUGCUCUGCCGGGACUCUCCUCCGAUUUCUUUUUCGCCACCUCUGGAAACAAGUUCUCAAUAGACUACGCGUCUAAAAGCAGAAAUAGCGUAUACGGCAUGCAGCUGAGCUUGCACAAACCCGGUUACGCAAUGUCAUCUACCCCGUAUAAUGAUGUCAUUCUGGAGAAGUUAUUCAGAAGUGAUAGAAGCAUGGUCACAUUUGGCAAGAUGAAGGAGCCAUCUCUGCAGUUCAACAUAGCGAAACAAACUAUGCUGCCUUCAGAGGUUGUGUUCCAAAAUGGGCGCGAUGUGCGCAGUCACAAGUUGACCUUCAACUCCGCUCGCCAGUUGACCUCUAUCAAAACAUCUGACCAGUCUAACCUGUUCGACGCCAAGUAUGACUCAGGCCUGUCUGUCAUCAAUGCCCUGCAGUACCGGGUCAACCCAAACAAAAAUAGCCUCGAGGUUUCUCCUAUGGGCGAAGCGGACGGUGGUCAUAAGUCUCUCAAUCUCUACACCAUCGAAUACGACUCAACGGGUAAAUUUGAACUCUCCUCGCGAAUCGACAACUCCGCCCAGAAGCACUCCGUGUUCUCCCUCUGCGACUCCUCCGGAACCCCCACGACUUCUAUCUUCAACAUCUUCUCAUCAAAGUAUGCUUACAAGACGCUCUACAACACCUCAACUAUGUCUAUUGAAACAGUCGACGGUAUGAAAAACUCGGCAAAGAUUGGCUUUGAUUCGGCCAAUAGAGUUAGAACUGUCUCGUACACAGAUACCGAAGUUGUAGUUUCGUAUCCUCCGUUCUCAAAGAACCCAAAUAAGUUCGCAAAAACGGUAAAGUCGUUCCCGACCAUGUCUUUUGCUAGCAACAGUUAUACCUCAAAUUGGACCAUUAAUCGAGUAACAGGAUCUAAAUGGUUACGAUCAACGUUCGACAAAAAGUCUCAGAUCCUUUCUAUCAGUCUUAGGCAGCAAUGGGGCGCCUCCGUUGAGCUUGUGAGCACAUACACGCCUCUUAAACUCAAGUCAUCCUUUUUAUCAGCUGAUUCUGCAUUGCUCUCUUUGACGCUCACAGAUGGCAAGGGCUUAGACGUGGUGCAAGUCUCGAACAAAAGCGAAUUUGGUUUCAAUGAGAAAUUCGGUCCGAAUAAAUACCACCAAACUACUUUCAAUUACAACGAUAGGGAACUAUUACAAACCACAGUGCGUGAAAACGAAAAAGAUGGAACAUAUUCUUUCUCAGUAAGAGCAAAUAACGAUGAUCAGGAGAAGGAAACGCUUUCGUACCCAGUUUCAGUUAACUCAGUGGAAGGCUGUGGCAAAGUCAUUCACGAUCCAAUCAUUGACCAAUAUUUGAAGGUUGAAAACUGUCGUUCUACAAUGAUUAUUUCGGGAAAAACUUCAUUUCAAGUUCAAAAGACAUUUGCGCUAGACGGUCGUUUGGAGUCUAUCAAAUCUGGAACCGGAAAGCUGUCUGACCACGUGAAUCUCAAAUUCAACAAUAAUGGCUUCAUCUCUGAGCUUGGCGACAGAAAGUUCUCUUACAAUCCUAUUGGUCAAUUAAUCAAAGCUGAAAAGACCGAUUUUUCUGUUGAGUACGUUUAUGACGUAAUUGGUAGAAUGGUGUCUAGACACAUGACAUCAUCAAGUAGUGGAAGUGUAGACCACGCGUUCUUUUAUCUCGACGUCAAGAACCCUGAAAAGAUUUCUCACAUUCUCGUGGCCGACAAGGAUGAUUCUCCUAAAGUCUAUGAAAUGUAUUACGAUAACAGAGGUAAUUUAGUUCUAGUCAAAGAGAAAGAAAACAGUUACAUAGUGUCCAGUAACCCCAUGGGAACCGUCAUAGAGUUAAAACGAAUUGACAGGGGUGCCUCAAAGGCUUCCUCCGAAGAGUUUCCACCUGGACUGCACUUGAGUCUGUCUGGAUCCUGGAUGGAUGAGCAAAUGAACCUAGUUUAUUUAAACAAGCGCUUCUUUGAUCUGCUCAUACAUUCUUACUUGGAUCUGGAUACUAGCUUCCUAGAAAGUGCAAUUGUGUCACCAUACUCUACGCAGUUUACCCAAUACAUCAACGAUCCUCCCUCUUUCUGGCCUAAGCACCAUCUAUCUGAAAUUGGUGCAUUCGCUACAUACAUGCCAGAAGUGUGGUACAACGAGACGCUUCAGAAUCUUCUAAUUGAAUUGCAGAAAAUUAAAACUGCGGAUGGAACAAUUCAGAUGAUUCCGUCGCUCUCUUCAUUCUCAGACAUGUUCGACCGUCUCUUCUCCACCCCACUGGACGCCAAUAUACCCUCAAUUCAAUCUCUCCCCUUCCUGCAAGUGCCCCAGAUGCCGUCGAAUCACCUACUACCAAACCAGUUCCUGCUGCCACCGUUCAACCGCGUGUUGGACCAAACACUCACCACCACUCUAUAGUUUUAACUCCCCCACCUAUUACAAACCAGUGACACAGAGGAGGGGUGUAAGACUUGCCACUUGCCUUGCAGAAACUCUAUCGGUGCUAUUUUCUAUGAACCCUCACUCUACCUUACAAGUCAUACUGGAAGAAUUAGAACGAAGCUCAUGUGGAAGAACACUUUUGUGCCGUAAGCAGCAAGCACAUGAACUCAUUCGGAAACUUAAUUUAAUUCGCUUUUGAUGAAAGCAGCCAUCAGCUUCCGGAAGCUGUGCUUUAAUUUGUAUGCAGUAAAUUUUCAUUCUUUUAAUUCGUGUUUUAUUUCCGUUUUUUAUCAUAUUUCAGUUUGCUAAAUUUUUUAUACUUACUUCAACUCGAUUUUAGAGUAUCA